AUGUCUUCUACAACUUACAACACCUCUGCUUUCGCCGACGCACAAGACUCACGAGAGUUUGUCGGGGACCUCGACGUGAACGACCCUCAUCUCUACAACACCUUUGAUAACGAACACCUCUCGCCCUUCCCUUCGUCGCACACCGCAAGCAAUUCAGUCAGUCCGUCCAACCAUCUAACAAGUACCCCGGGCGACAGCUAUUCGGAAUAUAGCACUUACCAGCAAAGCAAUUUCAGUGAGCUUGGUGAAGAUCAGUUCUUGGGAGUAGACUUUGGUGCUGGGGUGAUCAGAACGGACUCGCUUCCUUCUAACAUAUACGGAAAUACAAUAUAUACACAUUCCGAUCUCAAUCGCGCUUUACCAAAUCUGCCAUACGAAGUCGAGAAGCCGGCGUCCGAUACGUUGACAGCUUCGACCUAUCCGCUCAGCCCAGUUCAUACAAGCAUACCCAAUACACCAUCGCCUGCUGCAAUUAACGAUUUAAAAACGAAUGCCACGAUAACAGCACAAGAGCUCAACACCAACUUGCACAAACCACAGUAUCAGAGUUUUGAAGUUGGCACGCCAAAUACCAACACAGCAAAUCUUCAAUUGACGCCGGAUCAUAGUGGAAGUAGUCACACAAGCGCCGAGGGCCUUGAGCCAACCACAAUGACUGGGCUCGACCACAGUCCCCAUGUCAUGGUUUCUCAGUGGAGUCAGGGUUACACGGAGCCGUUGCGUGCUCCCUACAGUAGAGAAGGAAGGUUCGCGACAACUUCAGAUGGGGAAAUACCACAGAGCCAAGCAGCUUCAGUCUUGCGAGGCGAGGACGGCUCAUGGAGAUCGAAUGAGAGGACUGGUCAAUCGGGCUUAGACCCUAACAGUAGAAGAGCCAUUGAAAACGAAACAGUUGAGACCCUGGACGAGCAAGAAGAGCGACGUCGCAUUGCGCACAAGAAUAUUGAAGUUUUUGAGUGGAGGUCCCAGGCUGGUGGGAGUAGUGAGGCUGAAGAAGAAAGAGCUGGGCAGUCAUACUUCCCACCGCCCCCACCAAAUCGAGAGUGGUAUCAACAAUCAACCCCUCGUCAGCAUCCAGACCCCGCGGAAAACAUAGACAAUAUUGGGCCGGUUGACGAUGCUGCCAGUAUACGGGAAAACAAGACAGUUGCUGGGCAGGUGUAUUAUGAUACGGAAUCGAGAAAUGGACCGCUGAGCCAAGUUGAUAUAGAGUUGAUGAGACAACCUCGUCAUUGGAAUGAUGCUCCAGCUGUGCCUUAUAUCAUGACUACCACCUUCCAGCCUCAAACCUCGAAUGACGCGAUGGAGAGAUUCCGGAGGCAUGCAGACACCAUCUCCAUCGCUUCGCGAGCUGCAACAUGGGGAACUCGCCGGCGUAGUGAGCCCAGUCUUGCAGAUUGGGAAUCUGUUCAAAGUGGUAGCUUUCUGAAAAAGCUCAGUAUCAGUAAGCCAACUGCCACUCGACAGCAUAGCCUUUUCGAUCAAGGACUCGACAAGUUGGCAAACAUCGUUCGCAAGCGCAGUGAAAGCAAACCUAACAGCAGCAGCAAACUCAAACGCAGCUUAAGUGCACACCAUGUUCAAGAUGAAUCCCAGAUCACGCCUGCUUCACGUCAAAAUAGCCAAGGCACUCUAGCACCCCCACCUCGAACUCCAAGCUUUGGUAAACGGCAAACGCCCAGCAUCAAUACCGCAAUGGCUGUCAUGGUGGCACCUCUAGCUGCUGUCGGCACCACACACGCACGCAAUGGAUCAGUUAGUGCAAGUCACGGUGCUAUCAGUGCUACUGCGACCUCGCCAAAGAGUCCAAAUCAUCUGGGCUGGCCUAGCAGAGUGAUUCAUCGCGCUAGAAGCAGAAGCGAUUUGAGUCAAACGACUCCCAAUCCUGGCCAAAGUGGACUUGCAGGGCUUUGGAGAGGGCAUGGAGGACCACCCGUGCCUACUUUGGCCUCCCCACCUGUCGAGGUGCCCAGUGAAAUUGAUACAAGGCAUCAGGCUGAACUGCAAGACCAAGACGAGGACGAGGACGAGGAAGAUGAGCAGGCCGAUGAGAUUGAUCUCAAAUCGGAGGGUGAGCAAGAUCCUAUCGUACCGAAUUAUGAGGGAUUCAAGGCUCAUGUAAGACGUCUCAACCCAAACAUGGAUCCGAAGCACAAUUGGUUGGUCAGCAGGAUUGCGCAUCAACAGGAAAUCCGCUACAAGAAUCUGUUGGAUCUGCGAGUGAAGCAUUCUCAAGCUACCGGAAACCGUAAUUGUGGUGCUGGUCGUCUUUGCAUUGCGCUUGGAGGCAAUGCGACCUUGUUGGAUGCUAAAGGACAGCCAAAAGAACCCGACCAUUCGAGUACCGGACUUCAGCUUGUCACUGAUUUCUCAGAUGAGGACUCGAAUCCAGGGGAGGGCGCCCUCAGUGAGGAGACAUUUCCUCCAGGAGUUCCAAUGCCACCAACCAAGAACUUGCCUGCUGAAUUCGAGUGCCAGCUGUGUUUCAAAGCGAAGAAAUUCCAGAAACCAUCUGAUUGGACCAAGCAUGUUCAUGAAGAUGUGCAGCCAUUUACUUGCACCUACGAUAAGUGUAAAGAGCCCAAGUCAUUCAAGAGAAAGGCCGAUUGGGUUCGACACGAAAAUGAGCGCCAUCGCCACUUGGAAUGGUGGAUCUGCCAGGUUGACGACUGCAGGCACCCUUGCUAUCGUAAAGAUAAUUUUCUGCAGCAUUUGGUUCGUGAACAUAAACUGCCAGAGCCAAAGCAGAAGACGAAGGCUGCAAUCAAGAAAGCGCGGAUGACAGAGCCAGCAUGGAAGAUGCUCGAGUUGUGCCACCACGAGACACAACACCGACCCCAAGAUGAGGCAUGCAAGUUCUGCGGCAAAUCUUUCACAACGUGGAAGAAGCUUACAGUUCAUCUGGCCAAGCAUAUGGAGCAUAUCAGUCUGCCGGUCUUGAGGUUGGUUGAAGUUAGAAAUGUGGAUGCAAACACAAUUAUCAGUCCGGUCGAGCAGAAUCUCACACCCAUCACACCAAUUAGUCGGGCGAAAAUGGAGUCGCAGAGCCCAUUCAAUAUGAAUAGCAUCUCACCUCACAUUCCUAUGAACAAUCAGCAGUUUGGAACUUCAACCUUUGAUAAUUUCUUCUCGACUGGUCCAAAUGGAGGGUUUGGUGUGCCACAGCAGAUGGCCCCAGAAGCUUACAACCAAAAUCAAUUGUAUGCGAGCAACAAUGCAUUUGGCAUCCAGAACAUGGACCAACGCGCCUUUGGCACACUAGAUGCUGGUGGCCUCAACCAAGUUAAUCAAACUCGUGGUUUCAGGACCAGUGAUGCGGGUUUCACUCAAAACCAGCAUCAAAGGACAUUGUCACGUCCAUAUGGCUCAUUGGACGCCAAUUUCUCUCAUCAAAUACCGGAACGAAACUUCGUUCCUACACCGACCUCAGCAUUCCCACUAGCCCAGGAAUACACGUCGGCAACAAUCUCACCAUCGACCUACCCAACAUCUAACGUAAUGGGCCUACACGAAGGUGCCUUCAUGUACGACGGUCUACCUGUGAGCACCACACAGGGCUUCCAGCAACAGACCCCAACGACGCGGGCACCUGCCAACAAUCAACCUUACGGGCAUCUUGGUCAAAAUGCAUCCUACUAUGGAUAA